CACUCUAAUCGAGCGUGAGUUCGGAAAUAAAUACAAACGAUAACGGACGCCGUCGGCCAAUUCGUGCGCAGUUCUCAGUAGGUAAUCAUUUGGACACGACGGAAUGGAGCAGCAACUCGAAGAAAUGCAGCGUUUGCCCGAUGGACAAAAGAGCGACGUGGACGAACUGCAAGAAUUUUACGACAACGCGAAAAAACGCAUCUCAGCGACGGUUCUAGCAUCAGGAACCAAUCGCAUUGAAAAGCAGGCACCAACGGGGCGCCGAAUUUACAUUGCUCGGCAUGCCGAGAGAAUUGAUUUCGCUUUCGGCGAUUGGAUUCCCUACAGCUUCGAUGAGACCGGGAAUUAUAUCCGGAAGGAUUUGAACAUGCCGAAAACGUUGCCCAAAAGAAGCAGCAGUUUAUGGAAGUCAGACACUCCGUUGACUGUCCUGGGUCGAUAUCAUGCCCGUUUAACUGGGGAGGCCAUGAAGGAGGCGGGUGUUCAGAUUGAUCUAGUGUACAGUUCGCCAUCUUUCCGGUGCAUUCAAACAGCUGCGUCUAUCCUAGAAGGCCUCGGAUUGCAGGAAUCGCAUUCAAUUCGUGUGGAACCUGGGUUGUUCGAGUGGACGCAAUGGUAUCAAAGUGGACUACCCAAGUGGUUGACACACCGGGAACUGGUCGCUGCGGGCUACAACGUAGCGACGGAUUACGAGCCAUUUUCCACGGUUGAAUAUCUGAACCAGAGAAUGCAGGAAACUAUACCAGACUACUUCCAGCGGAACACGGAGCUGAUGAAAGAAUUGAUCAAAACUACGUAUGGUAACAUUUUGGUGGUCGGCCAUGCUGCUACUCUAAACACUUGCACCAGGCAUUUCGUGGGGACCGAGAUGCUCCCGAUCGUCAAGUUCUAUCAGUUAUUACACAAAAUUCCCUACUGCAGUAUGGCUGUGCUUGAGUCGAAGAAUUAUGGCGGUAGGGGUGACGGUUGGAAACUGGUAGAACCUCCCUGUUAUCCCCUGACCAAUACCAAAACUGAACGCUACGAUUGGAAGGUUUUACUCUGAAGUGAAAAUGUUUUGAAUUGUCAGUGGAUUUAGAUUUCAAUAAGUAGUGAUGCAUCUGUGUCUAGAUUUUAGGAUUGAUCUCAACGCACAAUUUUUAACGCCUUUGUUUUAUUGAGAUUUUGGUAUUAACUAUGUAAAAUUGGAAACGAAUAUAGUGUCGUAAUAAUGGCUGUAAUACAAAUACAA